UUCUCUUCAGGCACGUCUUACUUCUUCAACUUAAUCUUGAGAUUUCAUAAAAUCUGUAGGUAAAAGAUGAGUCAUUCAGAUAUAUCCAAACAAAAUUAAAAAAUGUAGGAGUGUACUUGCUUACAAGAUCAUGGCAUAAAUUAAUUACCUCAUGUAUGGAUCCAUCCUGUUGCUGAAAGAAAAAUAUAAACCAAUCAAUCUUUCCAAUCAUUUAGUCUGUUAGAAGAAGAGCCUAUAGUUUUGCAUCGAUCUUUUUCUGCAUGUAUUAGGGCACACUAAAAGUUGGGUAGCUAACUUGUAUUGCCCAUUUGUAACAAACUAAAAGUCUGUUAGAAUAGCCUGUAGUUAACUUGUAUUGCCCUUUAAGCAGUUAGUUGUUUUCCACCAUACUCCUUAUCAAAAUAUGGGCACUAAUUGUCGUUUGUCGCUAUAUCUCAUUUUUGAUUGACUUGUUUCAAAGAGUCUACUAACUUGUAGUUUAGGCACAUCUUGAUUGUUUGUCAUUCCCAAUGGAUGGACAUGUUCUAAUCUUGAUUGUUUGUCAGAUACCAGAGUCGGAAUAAUGCUUAGCAAGCAAGGAGUACUGCAGUGUCCAACAAAACUGGAUUUGGAUUAUUCAAAAACAUGAAAUAGAAGAUGGCACACAUCUUUGACUUACCUGAUGAGAUUCUGAGCACCGUAAUGAUUCUGUUGGCGAUGUCAUGCACUGGAGCUGUGGACCUUGCAAGGUUGUCAGCCACAUGCAAAAGGUUUUUGAAUCUUGCUACACAACCACUUGUCUUAGAGGUUGUGAACUUCGAUGAGGUUCCUGUUUGUAGUUAUGAACGGCACCAUCAUAUAAAUGACCUCCUUUGCCUAUGUGCCCGAGUUGGCAAUAGGGAUGCUGAGCUCAUGCUGGCAAAGGCUCUUCUGAAUAUUGACUUCUUUUUCUGGGAUAUGAUCAUGGAACAGGGUAGACCGCAUCUUGUUGAAAAUCCAUCAGGAAUUGGAUUAUUAUGCCAUGUGAGACUUGUUCGAACUUUCAUUGAUUUUGCAUCUGAUAACCAUAUUGUCUGUAUGCGCAUGCCUCUAUUCAGAUACAUAAUCUCGUUUCUUGGCUAUAAGCAAAUGUGUACAAGUGGACUUCUCCUUGCCCUCCGUAACAUGGUUAACUAUCUUCGCUUUGAACAAGCUGAGCUCUUGCUUUAUGCACAAGAAGAUGUAGGAAACGACAUGCCAUCAAAUGAACCUGAUAAUGAAAUGGUUCAGCUGGCUCUGGAAUUGGGUGAUGUUUAUCGUGAUCGUGUGCUUGAAAUAUAUGAUGAAGUGUUUCAUGUGUGUUGAGUAACUGCAGGCCAUAACUUGAUUGGUGUCUGAAAUGAAGUCAUGAAUAAAGUUUAAGAAUCCUUUUAUAGUAAGCAUUUCCUUGUCAACCAUAAGCUUUUUUUGA